GCUUUGGUGAACCCAGCAACGUUGGAGAGCGCUGGUGUGAGGCGGGGAAAGGAGCUCGCGGGAAGGGGGGAGGGCAUGCGCAAGGGUCUCGAGGGGGGUCGGGUGCUGGUGAACCCAGCAACAUCGGAGAGCAUUGGUGUGAGGCGGGGGAAGGAGAGGCAGACAGCGAAGCAGAAGCGAGUGAGCCGACUGAAACGAAUGGUGGUGCUGGCGAGGCAGGCGCGCGUGGAGGGGGAGAAAGAGGAGGGAGGGCGGGGGGGAAGGGAGAAUAGGGAGGCGGAGGGGGAGAGGGAGGGAACGGAAGAGAAGGUGAGGGAACGAGAGAGGUUGGGGGAGGAAGCGGGGGAGAGAGUGGGAAUGGGAGAGGGAGAAGGGGAGGAGGAGGAGGAGGAGGAGGAGGAGGAGGAGGAGGAGGAGGAGGAGGAGGAGGAGGAGGAGGAGGAAGGGGAGGAAGAAGAGCGUGUGGUGCAUGGUGAUGGUGGGAGGAAUGGAGGAGGCAUGGGAUGGGUGGAGCAUGAGAGGCGUGAAGAGGGGUGUGCUGCCACAGUGGUGGGGGUGGGAGAGGCGAGUGAGGGGCCAGAGAGGGGAGACAGGAGAGAAAGGUUAGGGGAGGGUGGGAUGGAGGGCGGGGGGGAGAAGGGGAUGGUGGCGAGGGAGGGCAGGGGGGAGGAGGGGAUGGUGGCGAGGGAGGGCAGGGGGGAGGAGGGGAUGGUGGCGAGGGAGGGCAGGGGGGAGGAGGGGAUGGUGGCGAGGGAGGGUGGGCAGGGUCUGGACGGAAAAGUGGACGGGAGGGAGGUGAGUGGGAAACGAGUGGGUAGGCGAAGGCGAGGGAGGAGAAAGGGAGGAGAGAAGCGAGGGGAGGAGAAACGAGGGGAGGAUAAUGGGGACAGGGUGAAGGGAGGGGAGGAGAAGAGAGGGGAGGAUAAGGGAGGGGAAGAGAAGGGAGGGGAAAAGAAGAGAGGGCAAGAAGGCAGCAAGGCGAAAAGGCAAGCGCAGCCGACCACUUACAUUGGCAUGGAGGCAUGCAGUAGCCCUCUCUUUCUCCCACGCACCGCCCCCCUCGCCUUUGCACAACAUUCAGGUACGAGAGCUGAACGCUCUCGUGCCCGCACUGCUGGCAGGGCUGCUGCACCAUACCCCCUUUCUCCUCCCUCCCAACCUCCCCCCUCCUCCCUCGCCCCCUCCCCCCUCCUCAUUCCCAUCUUUCCCCACCCAUGUCUCCUCCCCCCUCCUCGUACCCCUCCUUUCCCCCCCCCAGCCCUCGUCUUGCCAACCCGCCCCUUGCAGUCACGUCAAGUGCCACCCUCUCACCUCACGUUCCUCACCCUACUUCCCUCCCUUACGUUCCCACUUUCCUCGCAUGGGUACAGGGAAAGAGGUCCCCCUUUCCCCUCCACAGGGUGCGAUGAGGCGGCAUGUGCUGGCGGGGCUGAAGGAGGGAGUGAUGAGGCGCUGUGUGCUGGCGGGGUUGAAGGAGCAGGGAGCGAUGAGGCGGCGUGUGCUGAGAGGGCUGAAGGAGGUGGGGCAGGCGGUGCGAAGCUGAACAAAAUUUCUCCUUCUCUCUCCCCUCCCCAAUCCAACCCCACGCACAGGGGUGCAAUGCGGCGGCGGGUGCUGGCAGGGUUGAAGGAGGUGGGGCAGGCGGUGCGCAGUGGGAGGGCCAGGUGUGUGGUUCUGGCGCCUAACGUGGAGGAGAUGCCUGGGGCAGGCGGUCUUCACGCGGCCCUUGAAUCCAUCCUAUCAGAUGCCGCUGCUCGCAGCAUUCCCGUGGUUGUGGCCCUCUCCAGACGCCGUCUCGCCAAGGCGCUAAACCGCCCUCGGUGUAAAGUGAGUGCCGUGGCCAUUCUGGACGACAAUGGGGCGCACAGGCUGCUCAAGAGCGUGCUGGCGGAGGCAGGGAGGGGGAGGGAGUUAUGGCGCGAGCAUUCUGGCGGAGGCGGAGUGGGGAAGGCAGCUGUGGCAGGAGGGGAGGGAAGGGAAGGAAGUGCUGGAGGCAGUUGGUGUGUGAGUGGUGUGCGUGAAUUGCCCUCACUGGUACACAAGUGGCGCGCACAGGCUGCUCAAGAGCGUGUUGGAGGAGGCAGAGAGGGGGAGGGAGCUGUGGCAGGAGAGGCAGGCGGGGCAGGAGGGGGAGGGGUUGGAGGGGAAGGAGGCAGUUGGUGCGUGAGUGGUGGGAAGAAAGCGCAGGGGCUGUACGCACACCCAUGGGAUGCACAGGCUGCUCAAGAGCGUGCUGGCAGAAGCGGAGAGGGGGAGGGAGCUGUGGCAGGAGGGUCGGGCGCUGCUCGAGAGCGUGCUGACAGAGGCGGAGCGGGGGAGGCGGCAGGAGGGGCAGGCGGAGCGGGAGGGAGUCGGUGCGUGAGUGAUGGGGAGGAGGGAAACAAACCAACAGGCAUUGCCCAGCCGCCCUCCUCUCUUGUGAUUUCGGGAGGUGGGGGAAAGAAGACGUCACUCUCGACCCUUUGGCCCUGCCCACACGCACGCACCUACUCCCACCCCCCCAAGGCCCACCCACCCUCUGCUCUGUCAGCUUGGGAGGUGGGUGGAACGGACAGGCACCCUCGGUCAUGCUGUGCGGGUUCUGAGAUUUCUCAAAACGACUUGCGACAGGGGUUGAGGUCGGAGGUGGGGGAAAAACUGACGGUCAUGUUGGCCAUGCUUGCCCACGCGCAUGCACCUACUCCCAUCCCACCAGCCAAGACAAGCCGCCCUAUCCUGUGUCAGCUGCUACCCUCCCCCCUCAUCACGGCUGCGGUGCCGAAGCAGGUGGCAGUGUGUGCAAGUGUGAAGCAAGUGCAUGUAUGGCAUUCUCCCAUCCUACCCUCGUGUCAGCUGCUACCCUCCCUUUUCAUCACAGCAGCGGUGCCGAGGCAGGUGCCAGAGUGUGCGGCAUGUCAAGCAAGCUCCUGUGGGGGACUCCCAUCCAGGCCUAUCGAUUGA